AUGGCCUCAACCGGCGAAGAGGUAAAAGAACCGCCUUACUCUCCGCUAUCUUCUGACGCGGAAACGGAGCCUCUCCCUUUCGACGAGACUGCCUCGGACGGCCACGAGGACGACAAGAUGGAGCCGGACACGCACCCCGAACGCGGGGAGCACGAUACGAUGCAAAUCGACGAGACGCGCGCAUCCAACGAUCGAUUCAGCGAAGGAAGCGAGCUGACAGAAGAGGGCGAUAGUGACGUGGAGCGCACGCCCCAAGGACGGCCGCCGCAGCCCCCGACGUACAGCGACGAGGAGGGAUCGUCGCUCUCCGAAGACGAAGCGCGCGAUAUGGAGGCGAGCAAAGAACACAGUGCGCUGGACGGUCUUGCUUCGCUCGCCUCGUCGACGCCCGGCGUCGACCAGCGCCGCCCUCAUGCUAUUCCCCCAACAUCUUCGACGCUGAGCGAUGAUAGCUCUCCCGAGGACGCAAACGACGAUGACGACGAAGGAAAUACGACAAUCAGCGCGCCAGGGACACCACGCAAAGUGCACUCGACACUGCGCCGCGCCGUGAUCGCGGCCGCAGGCAAGCGGCGUGCGGCGGCCACGGGCGGUGCGCCGAGCCUCCUCGUGGAGCCGGAUCCCGAAAGCUCCGUGCCGCCGUCUGCGGCGACUAGCCGCCAGAACUCGCCCGAGUCGGAGAUGGGCGAGCGCAUCGAGUCGGACGCCGAGGCGCCGCCAAGCGAAGCGGCCGACGAGCCCGGAGCUACGGCCGAAGAGCCUGUCGAGCCCGCCGAGGAAGAUGCGGCGGAGGUCGCCGACGACGAAGACGAGGCGGGCGACGAGGGCGGUGUGGACGAAGACGAAAAAGACGCCGAGGCGGCCGACGCCGAUGCCGAUGCCGACGCCGACGCCGACGCGCCGGUCCUCGAGUCGACCGAGCAGGACGAUGUCGAGGCGAUGCAGCGGCGACACGAGGCGCUCGACCUUCUUACGCGCGCCGAGAUCGGAUAUGCGAUGCUGCGCGACCGUCUGUACAACGAGCGCAUGGAAGAGCUCGAGGCUGAGAGCGAAAUGAUUCAUGCCGGAACGCACCCCGAGCUGCAGCUCUUGCACACGAUUAUUGAUACGCGGAAAGACCGCCGGCUUGUGCUGCUCGAGAAGUGGCUCGAGCAUGAAGAAAAGGAGCGCGAGCGCUGGGCCAAGGUCGAGGAUGAGACGGCGUGGGUCAACUGGCGGGACCAGGCGGCGUCCGUGCGCCGGACGCUGAUUGACGACACGAACCGGAAGCGGCGCAAGCUCGACCGCGAGAAGCGCCUGCUCGAUACGCCGCAGCCCACGCGGCGGCACCAGCCAUUUGAGGCGGAGCUCGUCCGGAAGCCGCCCGCCUACUCGCGGCGGACGCAGCGCGAUGUGGACCGCUUCGACUAUACGCCGCAGCGCAUGCCGCGCGACGAUAUCAACUCGUUUAUGGCCUAUCCCGACCUGCGUGGGCUCGAAGAGUACGACGUGUUUGUUGAUAUGGAUCAGAUGGGCAUCCACCCCAUGCCGCCGAUGUACCCCAACUAUGUGCGGCAAGAGGAGAUGGCGAUGCAGGAGAUGUACCCCCCCUAUGGCCCGCCGCCCGGCAGUGCUCCGUACGCGCCGCCGUACGGGGUGCCUCCUGGCCCAUAUAUGGACCGCGGUGUGCCGUACGAUGCGGCGGUGCCUGUCGACGAGUACGGCGCGCCGCUCGAUGGGCGGCCGAUGCCCGAGUACGAUGCGCCGUACCCCAAAGCGCCGUAUGCGCCGGAAGCGUAUGGCGAGCCGCCAGCGCGCGGAUAUCCGCCGGUGCCUGCGCCCUAUCUUCCCCCCCAUGGCCCCGUAGUGCAUUAG